ACUCUUAAUGUGACAGAAGAAAAAUUUGUGUUGGAUACACUAGCUGGAUGCAUAGAAUAUAAAUCCUUAUUGGAUGUAGUAGUCAAUGCCUUUUUUGUUCGGGAUGGGAGAUACUGCCUGCUUUCUGAGCGUUAUCUCUAUGCAGUUAUUUGUUAUCUGGCUACUUUUCAACUAGAAGAGCUCGGUCUGCAGCAAUUCAGCAGAAUUGUGAAAUCUCUGGACACUGCAAAAAUGCAAAAGUUUCUUAGAUUCUUCUUCAAUGCCUUAUAUUUGAACACAUGGAUAAAAGACGAAUGGAGUCAGCUCUACGAUUCACUGUAUGUAAAAGAGAACUGGAUUGAUCCACUGCUGAGGUGGCAGCCAAAAGUACAGCAACUGAUUGAACAGCUCACAGAUAAAUUAAGUAAUCAUACUACCACUGUCAAGACUUCAAAGGUCACUCAGCCAAAGGAAUUUAAUUUGACUGUGCCCAAACCACGUGCUAUUCCUAUACCUGUGCCAAUACCAGUACUGGAAAAACCACCACCUGUUCCUCCAAGCACCUACAAACCUCCAAGAGAAAAAAAGCAACUAGAGGAAAUCAAAAUGAAAAACCACCAAAAAGCACAAGCUCUGCUCUUGAAAGCAAAUGCUAACCAGUUCAGGUGUGCAGCCAUGAAGACUGAAAAGGAAGAGAACACACAUGAGAGUAUGAAGAGUAAACCAGCAUUCCAGGCUCAAAAGAUCCAAAGAAAGAGUGACAAUAUACCUGUUAAAUUAAAUGCUGCAGCUAUUUUAAGAGACAGUGCCCUCUAUCAGCGGAAAAUGGAACAGGAGCUCAAGAGAAUUGAAAAUUUGCUCCAAGGGGCGGGAGACCCAUCUGAAUUCUUGGAAUGGCAAAAACAGAUGCGUGGAAAAGAUUUGGAAGAGCAGCUGGCUGAAAUAGAGUGUAGGAGGCUUCAAGGGAAACUGAGUCAUGAAGAGGCAGUUCUAGCCCGUCAGAAUGUAAUUCAAGAAAAUAAGAAGAAAGCUGAUCUAAUGAGAGAAGAGAAAGCCGAGCUGAUGCACCAGUACGCAGAGAAACGUCUCCAGGAACAGAAAGAAAUGAGAGAGCUGGUGGAGCAGGUUGUGGAAGGACACAAGAAUGCAAAGCAAGCAAAAAUAAAGCUCCAGAAAUACAAACAGCAGAUAGUUCAGGAAGUUUGUGAAGAAAAUCGAGAACUUCUCCGGCAAGCUUUAGAAGAAGAGGAGGAGAAGCUCAGGAAAAGAUACGAACUAAUUCAACAAAUACGAGCUAUUGAGUCUUUACCAAGCCUCAGACAUAAGUGUGUUGAUUUAACUGAGACUGGUGGCCACGGUUUAAUUUGUGAAAUGUCAAUAAUGGAGCUACGUGAACGCCUCGCUCUACUCAGAGAAGCACAGAAGGCAGCAGAGGAAGAGAAGAGAGACCAGAUAAUUCAUGAAAAACAAGCUAAGGAACAACUUCUUCUAGACAAACUGGACCAGAUUUCACUGUUCAGAGCUGAACUUGGACGAGCAGCUGCUUUAAA